GGCGAAACCCUAACCGCCGCCCUCUUCUCCCUCUCCUUCGCCAAAAACGGCGAUCUUCUCCUCUCUAAUCCUCUCUCCUCUCGACCGCCGUCGGCCACACAAAUCUGGUCGGGAAUCCUAAUCGAAGCCGAGUUGUCCAGGGAGGUCGACGGCACUCAGGCUUCACAUCGGGAAAAAAAAAAACUAUUUAGGUUUUAGAAGCGAAGGGGUCUAGGUGAGUUCUACUAAGACUCUUGAGAAUUUUAACUUAAGUAAAUUGGAUUAUAUGGCUAUAGACUAAAUGAUUUGUGAACCUGA